AUGACCGUCGGAAUUGCAGUCAUUGGUAGCGGCAUCUUCGUCCAAGAGGCCCAUCUCCCUGGUAUCAAGGCCAACGGAGAUCUCUUCUCGCUCAAAGCCAUCUAUUCGCGCAGCCUGUCAUCCGCCCAAAAGCUUUCCAAAGAAGUCGAAUCGUCCGCUCCCGACCUUUACGCUGAAGAUGCUGGCUCGGACAAGUCAUACGCCAACCUCCUAGAACGCUCAGACGUCGAAGCCGUAGUUAUUGCUCUACCCAUCCUUGCUCAACCCGACUUCAUCAAGAAGGCUCUGUCUGCCGGCAAGCAUGUGCUUUCCGAGAAGCCUGUCGCAAAGGACCUGGCAACUGCGCACGAGCUGAUUGACUGGUACCACAAGAACAUCGACACAAAGAAGACCAUCUGGGCUGUUGCUGAGAACUUCCGCUACCUCGGUCGCUUCCAGUACGGUGCUGAGCAGGUCAAAGGGCUGGGUGAUAUCCUGGGCUUCCGUCUCCGUAUGCACGCAAAUGUCCAGCCUGGAGCCAAGUAUUACGAGACUGAGUGGCGCAAGACCCCUGAGUACCAGGGAGGCUUCCUUCUCGAUGGCGGUGUCCAUUUCAUCGCCGCCAUGAGACAAUUGCUAGGCCAGGAGGCCAAAAUGUCCCAAGUCGCCGCCUUCACAGCCCAACUGCAGCCUCAUCUCCCUCCUAUCGAUACCAUCAACGCCACUGUCAAGCUCGCAAACGGCCGCUCUGGCACAUUCAGCGUCAGCUUCGGUACCACCUUCUCCGGUGCUGAAUACGUAGUCGCGUGCCAGAACGGUACUGUCGACGUUGGCUUUGACAAGACCAUUGUCAAGAAGGGCAGUGACGAGUCUUCGAAAGACUUCCCUGAAGACAAAAAUGGCGUGAGACAAGAGCUCAAGGCUUGGGGUGAGAGUAUCUCGCGAGGCAAGGCCGAUCCUUUACAAUCCCCUGAGGAAGCUCUGGCGGAUUUGGAAGUGCUCGAGGCCAUGAUCAAGAGUGGCGAAGCUGAUGGCAAGGCCAUUGAGCUCAAGCUCCAAUAA